CGAAUGCAAUGGCAGGCGGGGAUACUGACAUGAAGGGCGUGAGGAGAAGAUUGAGACCGUAGAUGGGGUGUUUUGUACGCAAAUGCCGGAUCAUGUGAAGCUGCUGUGAUACCAUCCACCAGACGCAGGGGGUUCAUCGAUCCGACACGUAUGCAGUAAAGGACACGGAACAACUUCUGGUCUAGUGUUGCAGCCGUAGCUAUCUCUCUCAGGCUUUACACGACACGCUUUGGCGUGGAAUGGAUCAGUGCUUUUCAGUCAUGAGUCGCCGAGAUGCCCCGGGAUUUCCCCGUCCCAUGGAGGAAUGGACGGUUGGCGACGUGCAGGAUUUCUUGGAGAUCUGCAGGCCGAAACUGGGCAGCAAAGUUUAUGAUUACCAGCGGAUCGUGGCCGAGAACGAUGUGGAUGGAGAAGUAUUGCUGGACAUUACUGAUGAAGAGAUGUCCCGAUUGGGGAUCAAAAGUCUGGGCCACAGGAUGUACAUCACAAAGAUGCUCCGGCUCUACUUUCCCAGUAACAAAUCAAACAAUGAUGCUGCAGCAACCUCCAGUGUCGAGUCCAAUUCCUCCUCCGCAAGUGCGUUGAGGACAACCUAUGUACAACAGGCAGCUCCCCCAGCUGAUGUGGUUGAAGAGAGAUUUGUUUUCACACCGGCAACCAUGUCUCAGUCAACCUCAAAUUAUCAAAAUGCUGCUGGAGUGCAGAAUUUCCCGCGUGCAG